GGUUUCUGAUCAGCUAUUCUUAGCAAAGCUUCUUUGCGCUUGAUGUUGCUUCUCUUGGUUGACAUCUCUCGAAAAGGGCUUAAAUGUCAUUCACAGUUUCACAGAAGCUUGCCGACACAACCGGCACAGCAUAAGGCUACCAUCGGCUCGAGCGCACUCAACAUCCAAAUCCGAGUCAUGAGCUGGACGAAGUGUGCUCGAAAAUACAGCGUAGCUUCAUGCUAUGCGCCGUCUUGGACUGAUUGCUGAGUUCGACAGACGUUUUGAGACCUUUCUUUUUGGCUCAAUCAACGGGUAACCAGCUGAAUGCAUUUGAGAACCGGAGCCUGGCUGGCUGAAAGCUAUCCCUGCUAGAUCUACGGCAUCCCAUUGGAUUUUCUAUCGACAACGUCGGGGACAGCGAAGGCAGUUUGCGAGUCAUUGUCUGGACAAAACGAAGCCAGCCCCCUCUCAUGUGGGCCAGCGCCGAUCAGUUUGGUCCUAUGAGCAGUCUCUGUGGCCCCCUCGAACCAAACUUGGGUCUCAUAUCGGAGGUUGACCGACAUUUGCCAGCACGGAGUGUUCCCCAGUCGCGGUUUUACCCCAAGAUCUAGCUCAACUCGGACCAUGUGGGGGGCACGGCCCUGACAGCGCUUGCCCUUAAAACCUUUGACCAGCAGGGGAAAAAAAAAGGUUGGUCGUCCUGCACAGCUUCUCUCUCUGCUAUCCCCGCUAUCAUGAAUGAGAAAGAGGUAACCCCGCACGGCGUUGUCAACGCGACUGACGCGGAGUUGGCGCUCGAGAAUCAUGCCGACGAUGCUGAGCUCCGUGCUCGCGAGAAGGCGUUGGUUUGGAAGCAGGACUUGCAUAUUGUUCCGCUCUCCGCUACUAUUUACUUGCUUUGUUAUCUUGACCGAUCCAAUAUUGGGAAUGCCAGAAUCAUGAACUCAGAAACCGGCAAUGAUCUCCUCACCGAGACGAACAUGAGCUCUUACGAGUAUACAAUCGCACUCAUGGUCUUCCUGAUUGCCUAUGCCCUUUUCGAAGUACCUUCCAACUACUUCCUCAAGAAGCUCAAGCCCAGCAGAUGGAUCGCCUUCCUAAUGCUCUCAUGGGGAGCUGUGACAAUGGGUCUAGGCGGAGUGCAUAAUUUUGGGCAAGUGACAGGCCUUCGUUUCCUUCUCGGAGUCAUGGAAGCCGGUCUUUUCCCGGGCCUUGUUUACUUCCUAACCUUCUGGUAUCGCACCCACGAGCGUUCGAUCCGCGUAGCUCUGGUUCUUGCCUCAGCCACACUAGCCGGUGCCUUUGGCGGCGCAAUCGCCUACGGAGUCGGACACAUGAACCAGGUCCAUGGCCUCUCGGCCUGGCGAUGGCUUUUCAUUAUCGAGGGUGCCCCAUCCUGCGCCUCUGCUGUUCUCGUCUGGUUCAUACUUCCCGACUACCCGGAAACUGCAUCCUGGCUAUCCGAGGAAGAAAAGGCCCUCGCCGCCCAACGCCUCGAGCUAGAAGGAUCCAAGGGUGCUGCAAAGGCCAUGACAUGGGAAGAUGCCAAAGAAGUCCUCUUUGACUGGCGACUAUACGCACAUUAUCUUGUCUACUUUGGCAUCUCUGCACCGUUUUCCAGUCUUUCGCUCUUUACUCCUGCCAUCACAAGCGGUCUAGGGUAUACAAGUCUCAAUGCGCAGCUCAUGACUGUCCCUCCCUGGGCUGUCGCCUAUGUCGUUACAACAGUCGUCGCCUGGUCCGCCGACCACUUCAAUAGCCGCGGCCUUCAUUCCGCCGCAUUUUCCUUUAUCGGCGCAAUGGGCUUUCUCGCAUCCGCGGUUCUCCCGGCAGAUGCAUACCUUCACCGCUACGGCUGCCUAAUCGUCGCAACAAGCGGCUCUUUCGCCUGCAUCCCGCCCCUUCUCGGCUGGCUCUCCUCAAACAUCCGCUCCACAGCGGGAACGGGCCUCGCAAUCGCGCUAAACGUCUCCUUCGGCGCGCCCGGCCAGAUCGUCGGCGUGUGGAUCUACAAAUCCAACGAGGCUGCAAGAGGAUAUCCCACGGGUCAUUGGACGAAUGCGGCUCUAUUGCUGCUCGUCACGGUCGGGUGUAUUUUACUGAGACUGUAUUAUGGAUGGAUGAAUCGGAAGGGGAAGGGUGGUGCGGGUGGGGAGAGGUUUGCUUAUUGAGGGAGGAGGGGUUUCACGGGUUGUGCUAGGGAGGGAAGGAAGGAUGGAUCUGCUGGCUCUAUAAGAUUUAUUAUUUAUCGUCGUCGUAUCUAUAACAUAUCCAACUGCGGACAAUGCAUUAUUUAGUAUAUGAUACGUGGAAUUCUCGUGAGAGGUAGGAGUCUAGGGCAAAUAAAAAGUCGUGGCCUUUGGGAUGCCUGACCCAUGGAACGAGCACUGCACGUGAAACCUUAGUUGCGCGAAAUAAGGUUAAGCUCAGACGUUCCGAGAUCUAGACUAGCAC